AUGCUACUCACGUUGGUACUAUGGAUCGAGGCUCAGCUAGAAAAGUAUCGGGUAGCUGUGGUUGCAGACAUCGAUCACGCUACGUCAACAAGGCAGUUGAUUUCGGCGAACUUCUCCGGCUAUCGUAAAACACCCGAUGACACUCAUCCUUCACUGCCACAACAGGAUGGCAAGGACGUCUGCCUCAAGUUCUUGUCUAAGAGGGGUUGCCCGUCAAAAGAUCCCAGUGUGUGCAUCGUCCAGAGCAGAGUUCAUUUCUACCCAGCGGCGAUUUCCGACCAGCUUCGCAACUUCAUUCGCCACAGGUUCGGCGGCGUGAACAACAAGUACACCAACAACUGA